AUGGAAAAUAUCUUCAUGUGCAUCAUGAAACUCAUCUAUAUGACGGAUGACUCGACAAGAAGGGCGAUUACAUGGGUUUUGCCUAAGGACCCAUACCGAAUUGGAUUUCAGAUGAGUGCAGAUCCAGACUCUGAUGAUCCACGGAAGAAGUAUCGAAUAAACCUACAAAUAACAAAAGGAAUGUCCAACUCGGAUAAUGGAAGUUCCGAGGAAUGGGAGUCAGGUGAAGAAACGCUUGAUGACGGUGAAAGCGAACACCCUUGCUUUUCGGGAAACGAGGAGGUCGACUAUUAA